UCCCCUCUCUUCUCGACAUUGUCUCUUCUCUUCUCUUCUCUAUUCGGUGAGCCCAGCUCCGGCAAGCCCAUACCCCCGUCUUCUUCUCUCUCUCAACCAACUCUCUCUCUCUCUUCUCUCUUUUCUCUCUCGAACAACUCCCUCUCUCUCUUCUAUCUCUGGUGAGCCCGUCCCGGCGAUCAGCCACCGGCGAGCCGGCCCCAUCUGCUGCCAUCGCGACCCUGCCCAGCCCCAAACCCAGACCCAGCGCAGCCCCGUUGCAAUUCCGACUCCCACCACGCGACUCUGACAUCCAUUCUCUGCCGCCGUCGCGACCCCUCCCAGCCCCAAACCGAGCCCCGGCGCAGCCCCGUCGCAACCCUGACCCCAUCCGUCGUGACCCCGCCCAGCCCCGAACCCAGCCCCGCCGCCGAACUCCGGCGAGCCAAACAGGAAAUUUUGUAAACCCAUUUGGAACUAUGCUCGGAGGAGUGAAAUUCAUACCGCGUGACCAGAUUGAUAAGGAUGAUAGCUCAGAUGCAUUGAAAAAAGAUAGAAAGAAAUCGGGUCAAAAGGAUAAGAGGGAUAAGGGGAAAAAGAGGAGUUCUAGUUAUAGUAGUUCGGAUGAAGAGCUUGAGAGAGUAAAGAGAAGCUCUAGAAAGAAGAAGUGGUACUCUUCUGAUGAGUAUUCGUCUUCCUCGUAUUCCUCGGAAAGUGAUAGCGGAAAAAGUUCGUCCAAAGACGAAAAGAGACGACGCAGGAGGAAAAAGGGUAGAAGAAGGGAUGAAGAUGAUGAUGAUAGCUCAGGGGAUGAGGCUAAAGGAAGAAAGAAAGCUAGAAGGAAAGGAAAAGAGAAAAGGAGUAGAGGAGACAUUGCGGAACAUGAUAUGUCUGAGGACAGUGGAGGAGCUAAUUCUUUCAAAGACAAGGAAAUUGUAAGGGCGGAAAUGGGGUUGGAAUGGAUGCUUAGACCUGAAGCAAAGAUGGAUAGAGGACCCAGAGUCGCUGUUGAGAAUGAGCCAGAGGAAGCUAAGAAUGAGGAGAUAAAGAAGGUCAAUCCCAGGGAACUAAAUCCAUAUUUGAAGGAUAAUGGUAGAGGUUAUCCAGAAGAGAAGGACGAUCCUAAAGCUGGUAGCAGUAAACUCCCAUCUUCCUCUCUUGUUGGAGAUGGAGGUGCGAGUUGGAGACUGAAAGCUUUGAAGCGUGCAAAAGAGCAAGCAGCUAGAGAUGGAAAGAGGGUUGAGGAGGUCGUCGAGGAGCGGUGGGGUUCUCUUGGUCAACUGGCUGUAUCUGUGUCAUCUCAUAAAGCCGCCCCGACUCAUGCUCAUCUGAAUGCUAUAAACAGUAGGAAAAGAGGGGUUACUGAAGAAAGCCAAGCUGGUUCAGAAAGUGAACAUAAAAAGAAUAUUGAAAAGGGCAGUGGUCGGGACUACCUAAAGGACAUAUCUCUCAAGCUACCUAAAAUGAGGGCGCCUAAAGUUAAAGAUUCUUUAGCCUGGGGAAAGCGUAAAAGUCAGAAUGUCUCUACACAAGAUGAUGGCCUUAUUUCUGAAGCCGUAUCUAGCUUAAAUAAGUUUUCAAACGAUGGAAGCUUUAUGCGUGAAGUUCUUCAAAAGCAGAGUAAUAAGUCUGAUGGUCCUGCCGGGGAAAAUGAAAAAUCAGAAAUUGAAACAAGCUCCGUAGUCAGAGACUCCUCAUUAAGCGCAAACCAACUGGCAGCGAAGGCUUUUCAGCUUCGUGUGAAAGGAAAGCAUGAAGAAGCUGAGAAACUUUUGCAAGAAGUGGAGAAUAUCAAGGCUAAGCAGGACGGUGAUGAUUAUGUCUAUAGACCAAGAAAAGAGGAAAGCUCAAACAGACAUGUUAUGCAGGAUAUGUCUCUUCGGCGCAAGAAGAAUGAGGAUGAUGCUGAUAGGCAUCUAGCUCAAAAGAUAAUGCAGAACAAACAAUAUAGUACGUAUGGUCAGGCAGAUGAUGAGUACGACUUUGAUGAUGGUCCAAGCAGAAAGUCGCGGAAGAAGCGGCCGGAUAAUGAUCAGGCUGCCCAGAGGAAUACAAUCGCAAAUCGUUUCUCAAUUAAGCAAGAAGACUGCAUUUUUUGCUAUGAGAAUCCAAGAAGGCCAGCACAUCUUGUUGUGGCGGUAGCGAAUUUCACAUAUUUGAUGUUGCCACAAUGGGAGCCUGUGGCGCCCGGCCAUUGUUGUAUUUUGCCAAUGCAGCAUGUACCAUCCACAAGAAGUGUUGAUGAUUAUGUUUGGGAAGAAAUUCGAAAUUUAAAGAAAUGCCUCAUUAUGAUGUUUGGCGAGCAAGAGAAGGAUGUCGUGUUUCUCGAAACAGUGAUGGGUUUGGGACAACAACGGCGUCAUUGUAUGGUUGAGUGUGUUCCUUUGGACCGAGAACUCGCCGAAGAAGCUCCUCAUUACUUUAAAAUGGAAAUAGAGGAAGCUGAAAGUGAAUGGAGUCGACACAACGCCAAGAAACUUAUCGACACUAGCGUAAAAGGAUUGCGUAAAUCAAUACCUGAGAACCUGCCAUACUUCCAUGUUGAAUUUGGUCUCAAGAAGGGGUUCCUCCAUCCUAUUGACGAUGAGAAACAGUUUAAGAGCAACUUUGGUCUGAAUGUCAUAAGAGGAAUACUCAAAGUGCCGGAGGAAGACAUGUAUCGACGCCGUCGCCGGAGAUACGAAUCAACCGAAGAACAAAAGCAAGCUGCUAAGAGUUUUGCUCGUGAUUGGGCGCGGUUUGACUGGACAAAGCAGUUGCAUGAAGAAUCAUGAGGCGGCAAUACUUUGGCUCUGAACAUUUUUCUGUAGAAUUUAAUGUAAUGACUAGUGAUAGCAGAAACCGUUAGGGGCUAGUGUAUGUAGAAUUUUUUAAGAGAGUGAUUACAUUACAGUCGUCUUGAGCUUCUGAUGUAGCAAGUACAUAUUUGAAAUUCUUGUUAUUGAGUGUCGGUUUCUAUCACAUCUCAAGUUAUAAGAAAAAAAAAAAAAUUCUGUUUCGCAAAAAUAAAAAUAAUAGAUUUG